ACAUUGAUCCCAUUCAAAACAUCUUUUGAUUCUCUUUCUUUUUUUUCCUUGGUGCUCUUCUUCUGCUAAGCAUCUUUCCCUUUUUUUUUUAUUAACCCUUGUCUCUCUCUCUCUCUCUCUCUACCUUUAUUCUUAGCGCCUUUGCUUUUGUUCCCUUGUCUUUUACUUUCCUUCUUCUCAUUGGAAGUGAAAUUUAGCUUCUUUCCUUCUUCUUCUUCCUUCCCAUAUUUAUCUUCUCUUUCACUCUUCCUGAUUUAGGUUUUGGUUUAUCUUCAUUGAUCUCGCAUUCUCUCUCAAUUCCCAUGUGUUAGAAAUUGGGAUUGCUUUAGCUUUUCUGGGUUUUGUGUCUCCACUCUGUUCCCAGGAGAAAUUUCGUGUCUUUCCCGGGAAGUUGUUUCCUUUAUCGUUUUGUUUUGAUUUCUGGGUUUGUGUGUGUCUGGAAACUGAAUCUAGAAUUCGACAUUGUGUUUGUUGUUUGUGUGACUGAAAGCAUAAAGUUUCAUUCUUUUUGACUCUCAAUUUUGAUCUCCAUUGAUGGGGCUGUGUCAUGGUAAACCUAUCGAGGAGCACCAAUCGAAGAGCCUCCAAAUCUCCAAUGAAAUCGAAGAGACGACACCUCGGAACUCAUCAUCUCAAAAGUCCAAAUCUUCAGGCUUUCCGUUUUAUAGUCCAAGUCCUUUACCUAGUCUCUUCAAAACCUCACCUGCUGUCUCCUCCUCCUCGAGCGUGAGUUCCACGCCACUUCGUUUCUUCAAGCGGCCUUUCCCACCUCCAUCACCAGCUAAGCACAUACGAGCUCUCCUCGCGCGUCGUCACGGUUCCGUUAAGCCCAAUGAAGCUUCGAUCCCUGAAGGUAGUGAGUGUGAGGUUGGCCUUGACAAGAAAUUUGGUUUCUCCAAGCAGUUUGCUUCACACUAUGAGAUUGACGGUGAGGUGGGUCGAGGGCAUUUUGGGUAUACUUGCUCUGCUAAGGGGAAAAAAGGUAGCUUGAAAGGUCAAGAUGUGGCUGUCAAAGUUAUUCCCAAAUCAAAGAUGACAACGGCAAUUGCAAUCGAGGAUGUUAGAAGAGAAGUGAAGAUAUUGCGGGCUUUGACUGGUCACAAAAACCUAAUCCAGUUCUAUGAUGCUUUUGAAGAUGAUGAAAAUGUUUACAUUGUUAUGGAAUUAUGCCAAGGCGGUGAACUCUUGGACAAAAUACUUCAAAGGGGAGGCAAAUACUCAGAGGAAGAUGCUAAAAAAGUAAUGGUUCAGAUUCUUAGUGUAGUAGCUUACUGUCAUCUUCAAGGCGUGGUUCACCGUGACCUCAAACCCGAGAAUUUUCUCUUCGCUACAAAGGAUGAGUCUUCUCCUCUGAAAGCCAUUGAUUUUGGUCUCUCCGACUAUGUCCGGCCAGAUGAGAGGUUGAAUGACAUUGUCGGAAGUGCUUAUUACGUGGCCCCUGAAGUUUUACACCGUACAUAUGGAACCGAGGCAGAUAUGUGGAGUAUUGGAGUGAUUGCUUACAUACUUCUCUGUGGUAGCCGUCCCUUUUGGGCCCGUUCUGAAUCUGGAAUCUUCCGAGCUGUUCUUAAAUCAGAACCCAAUUUUGAAGAAGCUCCUUGGCCAUCUCUUUCACCUGACGGUGUAGAUUUUGUGAAACGUUUGUUAAACAAAGAUUACCGUAAGAGACUAACUGCUGCACAGGCUUUGUGCCAUCCCUGGCUGGUUGGCUCGCACGAGUUGAAGAUACCAUCUGAUAUGAUAAUUUACAAGCUCGUAAAAGUAUACAUAAUGUCGUCUUCUUUGAGAAAAUCGGCUUUAGCGGCUCUUGCCAAAACGUUAACUGUAGCGCAGCUGACUUAUUUGCAAGAGCAGUUUAAUUUGUUGGGACCAAGCAAAAAUGGAUAUAUCUCGAUGCAGAAUUACAAAACAGCAAUCCUGAAGAGCUCGACAGAGGCUACGAAGGAUUCACGAGUCUUGGAUUUUGCACACAUGAUUAGUUGUCUACAGUACAAGAAACUAGACUUUGAAGAGUUCUGCGCUUCAGCUAUAAGUGUUUAUCAGCUAGAAGCAAUGGAAACUUGGGAGCAACAUGCACGCCGUGCAUAUGAAUUGUUUGAGAAGGAUGGGAACAGAGUCAUCAUGAUUGAAGAACUUGCUUCGGAACUCGGACUCGGUCCAUCAGUCCCUGUUCAGGUUGUUCUUCAGGAUUGGAUAAGGCAUUCUGAUGGGAAGCUAAGUUUCUUGGGUUUUGUCAGACUCUUACACGGCGUAUCCUCUCGGACAUUGCAGAAAGCCGCGUAGAGAGGCUUCUUUCUUUCACCUAUACAUUUAGUUCUCGUUGGAUCUAAAAGGACCUGCCUUUAGGACAGUAACCUUACACCAAGUCCAAAAUGAUUAUGACCUUAUGGACUCCGAGCGAAACUCAGUGAUCAAACAGACUACAUCCACUUCCUCUUGUUAGUCCUAUUUUUUUUCUUUGUUUUGGUAAAGAUUUGAGUCUUUAAGAUAUAAGAAUGGUGUUGAUUGAGAUCAAGAGGAUUGUACAGAAGAAAAAACAUAUCGAUUACUCCUCUAAAGUGUUCCCUUUUCUACUUCA